AUGCCCCCUCUAGCCCCCCACACCGUAGAUAUAAUCUUCGCUGGCGGUGGCACCGCCGCUUGCGUUGCAGCUGGACGUCUCGCCAAAGCCAACCCAGACCUGCGAAUCCUGCUUAUCGAAGGCGGAAAAAACAAUUUUGAAGAUCCCACUGUGGUUAACCCCGCCGUUUAUCUGAGUCAUUUGGCGCCGGAUAGUAAGACUGCUUUGUUUUACAAAAGCAAAGCAUCACCACAUCUCAAUAAUCGCAGCGCGAUUGUUCCAGCGGGUGGUCUGCUGGGCGGCGGCUCCUCUAUAAAUUUCAUGAUGUACACGCGAGCUCAAUCGAUCGAUUUUGAUUCGUGGGAUACGCCUGGAUGGAGCGGGAAAGAAAUGAUGGAGAUGUGUAGGAAACUCGAAACGUAUCAUCCGGUAGGAGAAGGAAGAGAUGCGAAUAAACAUGGGUAUGAGGGGCCGGUGCAUGUGAGUGAUGGGGGAUAUAGGGGGAAGAGUGAGGAGCUGUUUAUGGAGACGGUGAGGGCAAUGGGGUAUAGAGAUAUUGUAGAUUUGCAGGAUGGGGAGGCGUGUGGGGGGUUUAGUAAAUGGCACCGCUACGUCUCACUCACCGGCCGCCGCCAAGACGCAGCCCACACCUACAUCCACCCUCUGCUCCAAUCCUCCACCCACCCCAAUCUCCAAAUCCUUCCGGAAUCCAAAGUUGUACGCGUGCUCUUUGACUCUCCAUCUGAUUCCUCAACACCACCUCGAGCAACAGGUAUAGAAUACAUACCCAACGCCGAUCAUCAACCCAUGCUCGCACUGAGUAAAGCAGUUUCCCACACGGUGACGGCGGAAAAAUUAGUGGUGGUGAGUGCAGGGGCCCUUGGGACGCCGCAGAUUUUGGAGAGGAGUGGGGUGGGGAGGAAGGAGGUUUUGGAGAGGGUGGGAGUGCAGGUUGUUAGUGAGGUGGAGGGAGUGGGGGAGGCUUAUCAAGAUCAUAACCUACUUUUGUAUCCUUACAAAACAUCACUCGAUGAAUCCGAAACCAUCGAUAACAUCUUGAGCGGAAGAAAAGAUUUCGUCCAAGCACUUGAAGCUAAGGAUCCUCAGUUAGGCUGGAACGCCGUCGAUAUCUGCGCCAAACUCCGCCCCUCCCCUUCCGAAAUCCAGGCCCUAGGUCCGGACUUCAUCUCCGACUGGGAAAAGGAUUUCGCCCCUCACCCAACCAAACCACUCAUGCUCUGCGGCGUCGUCAACGCUUUUCUCGCCGACCCCUCUCUCGUCGACCCAGGCCAAUACAUGACCAUGGGCGUCUACACGGCAUACCCAUAUUCACGAGGAUCCAUCCACAUCACCGACUCCAGCGAUGUGCAAAACGGCUAUGAAUUUGACGCCGGAUUCCUCUCGCACCCUAGCGAUUUGAAAAAACAAUUAUGGGCCUAUAAAAUGCAACGGGAAAUUUGUAGACGUUUGCCAUAUUUCAAAGGCGAGUUGGAGCUCGGGCACCCGAAGUUCGCAGAGGGGUCCAAGGCUACAUUGUCUGCGGGGGGUAUAGAGGGAAAGGUGGAGGAUAUAAAUUAUAGUGCUGAGGAUGAUGCGGUGAUUGAGGAUUGGAUUAGGGAGAAUCUCAAUACGACGUGGCAUUCGCUAGGAACGUGUGCGAUGAGACCGAGGGAGAAGGGGGGUGUGGUUGAUGGAGAUUUAAACGUGUAUGGGACGCGAGGAUUGAAGAUUUGUGAUUUGAGUAUGGUGCCAGAGAACGUGGGGGCGAAUACUAAUAAUACGGCGUUGGCGAUAGGAGAGAAAGCCGCGGUUAUCAUUGGAAGGGAAUUGGGAAUUGAGGUUUAG